CUCAGGCACGUUCCGAGGCAGCAGACCGGAUAGAGAUCUCUCUCACUGUCUGGAGAGAGGGACACACACACACACACACACACACACAGAGAGAGAGAGAGAGAGAGAGAGAGAGAGAGAGAUCACUGGAUAUGAUUUGAGGCCACCCCCCCCGGGCUUUUCGGGUCCCUCCACAAAAUCGCAACCACCUCAGUCCACACCACGCAACGCGCCAGGAGCGCAUCGUUCGCGAACAAACAAUACAACAUGAAGCCCGGUGCCAACGCUGGUGGGAUUCUGGCUGUAGCAAGUAUAGCCAUCGUUGUGGGCACCCUGGCUGUGGCUCUGCGGCUGUACACGCGCAAGUUCGUCUUGAACCAGAUAUGGCUUGAUGAUUAUCUCGCCGUCGUCUCUUGGGCCUGCCUCAUAGCUCUGGCAAUACAAAACUUCCACGCCGUCAGCACAGGUCUCGGAUCACAUUUUGACCAGAUCCCGCCUUCGGGAUACAAUGCAUUCUUCAAAGAUCUAUGGCUGGGUCUCGUGAUAUACAAUAUCACUCUUCUCUUCACAAAACUGACCCUCUUCUUCCAAUUCUACCGCGUCAUCCGGCAGACAAGUUGGGGUGGGCUGAAGAUGUUCAAUGCUUGCGCCAUGUCCAUCAUUGCAGCAUGGCAAUUCGCCCAGAUUUUCGUCCAGGUCUUUGCCUGCGUCCCCGUCGAAGCCGCCUGGGACCAGACCGUCAAGGGUGUUUGCCAGUCCAUCCUCGUGACGCGGACAAUGAACAGCGUGGGCAACAUCGUGACCGACUUUAUCAUCCUUUUGCUCCCGUUGCCCAUCAUCUGGCGUCUGGCACUGCCCCGAAAAUCAAAAUAUGCUGUCAUAGGCAUCUUCUCUCUGGGGUUUUUCACCUGCAUCGUAUCCAUCCUGCGUAUCACUCUCACCCCAACGGGUGAAAGCGAUAUAGCGUUCCAGACGGUAUCAGUGAUUGCCUGGACCACAGCAGAAGUUCUGACAGGCGUCAUCAUCGCCUCGCUGUCGACUAUGCGCCCGCUCAUGAGCCGCUAUGUAUCUGGUUUCACGACCAGGGGAACGAGCAAGGCCACGAGUGCCACGAGUCGCAGCCGCGCAAGCUACGGCAUGCAGAACCUGUACGCCAAAGGAACCCCAGGGACGAGCAGGGCCGACCGCAGGUCUAUGUUGGCGUCUCCUGCUAGGAGGUUCAGUGGCGGCGGCUGGCUGGACCUGUCUGAGUCGGAUCGAGAAGACAUGGCGAGGCAUGGGGUUGCAGGUCUCAGGAUGCCCGACCUGGCGCGGCUGGAACCUGGCAUUGGUCGUCAUGGGAGCAUUCGAGUGACGAAAGAGUGGUCAGUCCGUGGCGAGACUUGAUUCCGUGGCGGAAGAAGAAAGAAAAAGAAAGAAAAAAUACGAGAAAAAAUCGCCCCACCGCAGAUACAGGACGUGUGGAGGAGAAAUAUUCGGGCGAAGCUUUAUUCACUAUAUUAUCCAUUUUAGUGUAUAAUAUUCAAAUCGUCACUAUCUUGUCUACAAGCCAACAACAAUUGCUGACCUCGGGAUCGUUUGGGUGGGUACCCUCCCUGACAAAACAAGAUAGAAGGAUCAGGAUUCAUGUGUUAAGCUUGCUUCACUCACAUGAUGUGUAGCACUGUUUCCAGGCUUUCCUGUGACAGGAUAGAGCCAUCUCUGUUACCUGCUUCAUCCUCUGUUGGUUCAGGUGGUUGGUGGAUUUCGCCCAGCAGAAGCUGUUUAGGUGUUCUCCAUGAAUGGUCAGGCUAAGUCGAAGUCGAUUGCAAAGCAUGCAUACUCUUGAUGAACAAGUUCCUAAGCAUUAGCAGACAGACAGACAGACACCCUUCAUCCCUAGUCAGCAGGAUGGAAAUCUCAAAAGGAUCAGAAGGUCAUUUGUU